AUGUCCGACAUCAUCUCAAUCCUCUCCGACAAGGCCUGCGCCUAUCCAGCCGGACUCUUCCACCACGCCAAAGUCUUCAACGGCGUGGUCUAUACGACCGGCCAGAUCGGCGCCGACGUUGCAGGCAACCUUGUUAGCGAAGAUAUCAAGUUGCAGACAGAGCAAGUCCUGAAGAACCUAUCUGCAAUCCUCGAGGCUUCCGGUAGUUCCUUGGAGCGCGUCAUCAAAGUGAACAUCUACAUGGUGGAUCAGUCCGCAUACGCCGGCAUGAAUGAAGUGUACAGAGCGAUGAUGCCAGACCCAAAGCCGCCGAGAGCAUGUGUGUUCGUCAAGGGGCUGCCCGCCGGUGCAAGCGUCGAGAUGGAAAUGGUUGCUGCAGUGAAAUAG